AAUACACCAGAGAGAGAUAGAGAGAGAGAGAUAGAGAGAUAGAGAGAGAGAGAUAGAGAGAUAGAGAGAGAAAUAUACACACAACUACGAGAGAGAUCAGAGAUCAGAGAUCAAAGAAGAGACAGAAAAACCAAAGUUACACCUGCUCAUCUAAAACAUGUCUGAACAGACACAGAUUUCUGAUUUCAAUCAAAUGGAUGAAAAACCAGAGAGCAUGAAGGAAACCUUCAUCGCUCCUGAGUUCUCCUGUCCCAGUUCUACUCCCACAGACAAGGAGAGCUUAUACUCUCUGUCUCAGAGUUCCCUGGACGAGGACCGCGUGUCCAUAGCCACCUCUGUGUGGUCGUCUCCUGACUCAGACAUCUCUGAGAGGAUCUCCCAUGACGUCCAAUCAGAGGAGAGCAGGAGAGCGUCCUCCACUGGCAUCAAGAAGAUGUCUGAUUUCAGUCAAACUGACGAAGAGGCAGACGAGCUGAUGGAGUGUGACGACCUUUUGGAAGAUGAAGCCAUGGACUUGCGUCUCGCUUUGUCUUUCCUAAAUGAAGAGCGCUCUCACACUCUGUCUUGGGGUUCCCUCAGCUGGGACAGCAGGAACACAUGCUACUGGAGUGACAGACCUUCCUCCUCUGCUUCCUCUUCCUCUGCCAACUCAGCCCUGUCAAAUGUGACCGAAGAGGAUGCUGGGACUAUGACAGGCAUCAAUGCUCCUGUUGAGGAACAACAAGUCCAUCCAGAGGAGACAGAAGAUGAGAUCCAAACUCCAAACUUUGGCAGAUCUGCACUUCAGGAGGAUAAAAUCACCUCACCUCAGAGCCAAACAAAGGCUGGAUCUGUGAUCCAGGUGGAGGUGAGAAGUUUUUGUCAAAGACCUUCAGAUGAUAUAGAUUCAUCAAUCCAGGAGGAAGCAGAGGCAGGAGAGGCCAAACAAAAAGAACCAAGUGACUUUGUAACCCCUGCCAGCUCCAAGACCACCAUCUCCACCAGGGGGAAGUUCUUCCAAUGGAUGAAGAAGAACAAAAUCCACCCCCUUGAGGUUGAUGUGAGCACUGGACAGAGCAUAAAGAGCUCAGACUGUCCUCCAGAGACUUGCUCCUCUGUUGAAGAGGACACAGGAAAAGUCAGUGCUGAGCCAAAGACAAAGAAGAUCAAUAGAUUCAUACGAUUCUUCAGAGGCAUCUUCUCAAAGAACGAGAAGAAGCUGAAGAAGAAAGAGAAGAUGGAGAAUGGGCAGAAAAAGACGUGUGCAGAACAUCGUGUCACGCUGUCUCCAUUCAGCUGCUUUGCAGCAGUGAGAUGAAUCACAUGAACCCACCCAUAACCCCCCUCUUCCAUUUCACUCCCUCCUCCGCAACUCUCUCCCAUUUCCGGUCACCCCGACCCUCCAUUCCUCUCAGACUUUCUCUUUCUGCAUAUUACAAUAAAAAUAUUGAUAUCCAA